AUGGAGAGAAGGCGAGAAGAUGGGACUGAAGCCGCUGCCGGCGACGGUGGUGGCGUCUUCGCAGAGAGAAGACAUGAGGACGACGUUCACGAUUCUUCAAAGAGCGCUUGGUACCUAUUUCUACUUACAGUGUCUAUUGGCGGGCAAGUCUCUUCUCUACUCCAAGUUGUCUGGUCUGUAGAACUUUCAAAUGGAUCGCCCUUUCUACUUUCCCUGGGUAUGAGCAAAGCGCUCCUGGCCGUUGUUUGGAUCGCGAGCCCCCUCGCCGGGACUUUGGUUCAGCCUUACAUCGGUAUCCGCAGUGAUAACUGCCGUAGCCCGUGGGGUAAACGCAAGCCGUUCAUGGUAAUCGGUGGUGCGGCGACUAUAUUAUGCCUUCUCGCCCUUUCGUGGUCGCGGGAGAUGGUCGGUGGCUUCUUGUCUAUCUUUGGCGCUGAUCGUGAUUCGAACGGGACAAAAACGAUGAUUAUUAUCGUUGCAACUCUCUUCAUGUUUGCCCUCGACUUUGCUAUCAAUACGGUGCAAGCUGGAAUUCGAGCAUUUAUUCUUGACAACUGUCCCGCUCACCAGCAGGAACAAGCCAAUGCCUGGGCUAGCCGAUUAACCGGCGUCGGCAAUAUCCUAGGCUUUAUCUCCGGAUACAGUGACCUGCCGAAGUAUUUGCCAUUCUUGGGAAAUACACAGUUCCAAAUCCUCUGCGUCAUUGCAUCGGUCUCUCUUGCUGUUACAUUAAGCGCGAGCUGCAUAUACAUCAGAGAACGUGAUCCCCGACUGGAAGGUCCACCCAGUACAAGCGAGCUGGGUGUGGUGUCUUUCUUUCGCCAUGUAUUCAGGUCCAUCCGUGAUUUACCACCGCAGAUUUCUCAAAUCUGCAAGGUGCAGGUCGCUGCCUGGGUGGGCUGGUUCCCGUUCCUAUACUACUCGACAACAUACAUUGGCCAGCUUUACGUGAACCCGAUUUUCGCAGAUCAUCCGAAUAUGCCAGAGACUGAGAUUGAUAGGGCCUGGGAAGAAGCUACCCGCAUGGGCACAUUCGCGCUUCUUGUUUACGCCAUAAUUUCAUUCCUUGCUAACAUCCUUCUUCCUCUGUUCGUUGUGCCGACUUAUGGAGACGCCUUGGCCUCCGCUGGAGACGACAACGAGGGCUCCAUUGACACUGCGAAUGGGGAUGAAGAUGAACCUACUGAACACCGGCGACUGUCAUUUUCGGCAAUUCCAAGCACUUCAGCUGAGCCACUACUUGACCCAGCGACUCAUAAGAGAUUCCCUGUAGAGGGGAAACCGACAUGGCUUGCGCGCCUCCAGAUCCCUGGAUUGACGCUCCGGCGUACGUGGCUUUUAUCUCACCUUCUGUUCGCGGCGUGCACGUUCAGCACGAUAUUCGUUUCCUAUUAUCCAGCAGGAACGGUUAUUAUCGGCUUCCUUGGGAUCUGUUGGGCCGUGACGCUGUGGGCGCCAUUCUCCCUCAUUUCCAAUGAAGUUGCCCUCAUUGAUGUUCAGCAUCGUCGCAAGCGUCGUCAAGCAAGAUCUCACCACGCAGCCCAGGGUGCUCCCUCAACGGCUCAUCGUUCCGGGUCAUACGCAGCUGUUUCUGGGGAAGAUGAUCAUGAAUAUCAUGAAGACCACGAGAAUGAAGGCAACGGUGACCACGAGCACGAGCACGAUCUCGAAAACGGUCGACUUGGGUCUGCGUCCGAAGAUGAAAAUACUGCCCAGGCUGGUAUCAUCUUAGGUCUACACAAUGUUGCCAUCUCAUUCCCUCAGAUAUUCUCCAGUCUUAUCUGCAGCGCUAUAUUCAAAGCUGCUCAAAAACCACGAGGCGAGCCGUGGGAUGAUAGUGUGGGGUGGGUUCUACGAUUCGGUGGAGUCGCUGCACUCCUUGCCGCGUGGUUGACCAAAAGGUUAGCCGAGGGGACACGGUGA